ACCAGCAAAAUGAUGAAUGAGUCUCAACGAUAUACAUGUAUGCAAGAAAGUGACAGCUGUGUCGCAACAGAAAAUGUUUCUUGUCAUAAAAAUUUGGUGGAUGCGGGAAUUAAAUCAAAACAUGGCGACUCAUCCGAGGUUUAAAUUAUAUCACGAUGCAUGGCCCAAAAGACAGAAAUCGAUUUACUGGGGUUGUGGGCUUGUGACCCCUUCAUAACUUGGCAAAGGGAGGGAGUGUAAAGGGGUUGCCAAUUUUCUUAACCAAUCAUUUUUUUAUUCACAAAUGCAAUUACAAAUUUAAAGCAUAAAACAAAAUAAAAUAAAGAAAAAGUGAGAUACAGUAGUAACAUGAUUCUGACAUUGUCAGGCAAUAAUACUAAGUGCCUCGCUGCCGUAGCUCCCUCUAGUGUUUACACACUUGGUGAAUGGACCCUGAACCAUGAUGGUCUGUUAAUUAGUUAGCAGCCUCAUUGUUAGUAAGUUGAUAUUUCUUUGCCAGUACAAACUGUAAAUUUUUGUUGAUUUGUUCAGCCACUUAGUGAUGGUAGUGACUCUGAUGGAUAUCUAACAUGCGAUGAACGUGGUGAUUCAUCAGAUGAUGAAAAUGGUGAUCCACAAGCC